UCCCUCCACGAAACUCUCAACAGCGGUUGCUGAGAAAGCAGAAUAUAAUUCCAACCUACUAAUAAUAGUCUUUCAAAAUGGUUUUCGCUUCCGUGUCGAAUCUCUAUUUUGCGUUUCACGUUCACGCUCGUGUACCCAUACGCGCGCUUUUUAUGUAAUUAUCCCAACUAAUUCCCAAUGUAUACGGAGAGAAAACAGAACCGUCACAGAGAGAGAAACAGAAACGCACACACACGCAUACAGAGACAGCGAAGCACAAAACAAACCAGGGAUGGGUUUCUCCAGAUUUCCGGCGGCGUUAAUUUUUGCGGCGGCGGUGGCGGUGACGAUGACGGUGGCACCCAGACUGGCGGACGCCCAGACGCCGGCGUGCGCCCAGAAGCUGGUACCCUGCGCGGAUUACAUAAAUGGCACCGCCACGCCGCCCGCGUCGUGCUGCGGCCCGCUGAAAGAGGCCGUGACGAACGAGAUGCAAUGCCUCUGCAGCCUGUACACCGCCCCUGGUUUGUUGCAAUCCUUCGGCAUCAACGUCACUCAGGCCGUUCUCCUCCCCGGCCGCUGCAAUCUUGUCGCCAGCGACUGCAGCAAAGCUUUGGCUCCGACCUCCAACCCGCCACCUCCAGCAACACCGGGAAAUGGUGGCGGUGUAGUGGGCAGGAUUGCAUGGACUGUACUGCCCGGCUUACUCUUGUUUUGGGCUUCCGUGAUGCUCUAUUAGAGGCAAUCUCCAAAUCUUUGGGAAACAAUAUUAUUUCAUCAUUAUGAAGUGGAGAUUUGCAGACCUCGAGGCUUUCUUUCUCCGUUUUGUCGUAUUAUAUUGAUUUACGUAGUGUUACGGUCAAUUUGUUGUUGUGUGGUUCACUGUUUGUCAAUCUUAUUCAGCCAUAUAUGGUUCUACUAGUUAUGUAUUUUUACCGUCUAUUUGUUGCAGACCUAAAUGUUGGAGUGAUGUGAAUCCAUUUCCUCAUGCAUGUGGCACUCCAAGCGCAUUAUUAAUGGUCUUGGAGCAUUUCUGCAUGAGUAUAUUGCUGAAGAAUAUCAUUUUGUUGGCAUGGUUUUA